AUCAAAACAAAAUCAUGAGCAAAGCCAGAUAAAUGAACAAAAAGAAGAAGUUCGUUGCCGAUGGUGUCUUCUAAGCUGAAUUGCACUCCUUUUUGAGCAGAGCUUUGACUGACGCUGGCUAUGCUGGAUUUGUUGUCAGAACAACCCCAGUCCAAACUGACAUUGAAAUCAAGGCUGCCAACACUGCAGGAGUCACAGGACCAGAAGGAAGAAAAUUGAGAGAACUCACAAGCUUAAUCCAAAAGAGAUUUGGAUAUGCCAAAGAGGCUCUUCAAUUGAUUGUUGCCAGAGUCCAAUCAAAGGGAUUGUGUGCUCCAGCCCAAGCUGAAUCACUCAAAACCAAAUUGCUCGCUUAAGUACCAGUCAGAACAGCUGCCAACGCAGUCUUGAAAUAAAUCAUGGCUGAUGGUGCUAUUGGUGCCGAAUGUAUUAUCUCUGGUAAAUUGGGACAACAAAGAGCCAAGUCAAUGAAAUACAGAGCUGGUUACAUCAUCUCCACCGGUCAACCAAAGAAAGACUUGAUUGAUGUUGCUGUCAGACAUUGCUUCUUCAAACAAGGUAUCAUCGGAGUCAAAGUAAAGAUCUACAGACCAUAUGACCCAUCUGGCAAGAAAGGAAUUCCCAUUGAAGUCCCAGACAAAGUCAGAUUCCCCGAAUAAAAGUACGAAUAAGAAGAGGAGGAAAUCAGAGAACUCAUUAAUCAAUGAUAUCAAUGUAUUCUAAUAUAUAAAAUAAUUAAUCAUGUCUUCAGAUU